ACCAGGGCACUUCCGCUUAGAAAUUGUAAACAACGUGAUCAAACACAUUCCUGUAAUCAGAAGCAAACAGAGAUUCAGAAAGAAAUAAGACACAAAAUUUACAGAAUGCGGCAAUGUUAACGUAUUAUUAUCCCAGUAGUAUUGUUGAUAGAUAACCAGUUACAUUUCGAUAAUGGAUCGCAUGCUUGAUCCGGACCCAGCGUCUAUGGACACAGAAGCUAUGUACAACCAACUCCUUCUUGAUGCCGCUUCCAGGGAGGGAUUUCCAAUGUCUCCUGAUGCUGCUAAAGAUAAUGUACUUCAAGUUGUACCAAAACCAGGAUUUUGCCUCAAGACCAAAGAUGCUGAAGGAAAGAAAAUAUUCAUCAAUGUCUGCCAUGCUGACAAUGUCCCAGCUCCAAAAGAUAUGACAGAUAAUGAAUUGCUCAAAUUGUUGGAUUCUGAAGAUCCUUUUGGAUUCCGUAUUCCAAUGAGUCUUGGAGAGCCUCAUGCAGAACUGGACAAAAGUGGAAAUGGAUGUACAGCCUUUGAUGUAGUAGUCAAUCCAGGCUUUCUAGAAAAGAUGAAGACAAGUGAGGUAUUUCGGGCCUUCUUCUUGUCUGUCACACUUGAGGGCAUUGAGGACAAAUACAACCAGACUCUCAGUCGGGACUGGAUUCUUCUGAAAAACAAAAGGUUUGUGGGUACUUUACCAGAACAAAGGAUCAGAAGCACGUCAAAACCACUUAUCAUGGAAAUGGACAAUUCAGCGCCAGCAUUACCCAAAACCCCCAAAUUUGAUGCAGAGGAUCUCAAAGCCAGAGGCCAGACACCUGAGUACAGAAUAGUCCAGGACCCUGCUGAGGGCCAUCCAGAAUAUUUGGUCGCAGAAAUCAACCUUCCGAAAGUUAAAACGGUGAACAGUGUGACACUGGAUAUAGGAGAGGACCGCAUCCUUCUGGAGACAAGGUCCAAUGUGUAUUACUUGGAUAUUUAUCUGCCAUUCUAUCUGCUGCAGGACGAGUGUGGUGCUCAGUUCAAUAGGAAAACCAGGAUUCUAACAAUUACAAUGCCAGUCCAGCCAUCAUAGCACUGUAACAAUCACUGAGGCAGGAAGAUUUCAUAUCAUGUGGAUUACAGAUUGAGUGACAACAAGGCAACAAACUGUAUCACUACCAGUAACAGAGUGACCACAAGUCAACAAACAGUAUCACAACCAGUAACAGCACACCUGUGCCAAGGUGCAUGUGGAUGAUUACCUGACUGUUUAUAUUUCUAGGAGAAAUCAGAAAUCAAUGCAGGAUUUAUAGUCAACAGAUGAUGUGUUAUGUUUGUACAUAUUGCAAGAUAUGAAGUUUUCUCUUCCAAAAAAAUACAGAAAAAGAAUCCUACUUGUGUAUAAAACAGUGACCGUUAUAACUUUCAUUGAGUAUCAGUUAAUUAAAUUGAAUCAUCCCAAGAAUGAAGGUAUGGAAGUCACAACCAAUUUCCCAAACUGAAGCAUCAUGUAGUUACAUGUAUUGGAUUUAAUUGGGAGCGAGAAAUUUCCAUAUCUUAGAUGGGUAUACCCAUACUUUCUGUACACUAUGUGCAUGUGAAAUAUGGAUAAUUACCAGAAUCUAUAUAUAUGCAUAUUUCUGUUGUAUUUGGAAUAUCAAAAUUGUGCACAUGCAUGGAAUAAAUGAGAUUAAAAAGUAUAUCUUAUAUUUGUAAAAAGUUAUCAAACAUUUCAAGACUAAUUACUUGAGAGAUAAAUUUAUUCUUUAAUUCAAACAAGCCAUAUAAUAGUAUGAUACCCUCAAUAGGACAUGGAAACUGCAUUAAAUGUUGUCCAUGAUCUAAACAAUCAUACCACUGAAUUUUUCAAUAAAACCAGUAAGAAUGUU